AUGCGGACAGAGUUCGGUCGGGUGAAAGACAACCAGACUAUUUUCCGAACGGCUCUCUUGCGAGACAUGGGCUUGCGGAUGUCCGAGACCUGCAGCAGUCUUGCCUACCUUCAGGCCGUGAUCAAGGAAACACUCCGCCGAUAUCCCGCCGUCAUCGCCAUACUGCCGCGCGCAGCCGUCGAGGAUGUCGUAGUGGCUGGCCAUGCUCUCCCGAAAGGAACAAUUGUUGGCACCCAAAACUACACCCUCCACCGGUGGACAUCAGCAUUCCCGGAUGCGGAGAAAUUCGAUCCGGACCGAUGGUUUUCUAAAGGAAGUGACGAGGAGCGUAAGCUGGCGUUCACUCCUUUCUCCGUCGGACCGAGGUGUAUUGGAUUGAAUUUGGCAGAGAUGGAACUCAUCUUGCUCACGGCUUCUUUCUUCUUGCGCUUUGACGCCGCGAUCGAUCCUUCCAUGACGGAGGAGGAUAUGCGGCAGUACGAUACUUUCAACGCUGGCCCAACAGGGCCAAACUGCUGUUACACUUGA